CGCCUGCGCAGAGCCGCGCGCCGGCCGCGCGCUCCAUCCGGGCACCGCGCUCAUUGUGCGCGCGGCCGCCGCGCUCGCCCGCCCGCUCUAAGAUGGCCGCCGCCGCCUCCGCUCCUGCCGCCGCUGCCGCGGGGACUCCCGCGGCUCCCGCGGCGCCGCCCACCGAGAGCAAGAGGAUCAGCGACCUGCGCGUUAUCGACCUCAAGUCGGAGCUGAAGCGGCGCAACCUGGACAUCACCGGCGUGAAGACAGUGCUCAUCGCCCGGCUCAAGCAGGCUAUUGAAGAGGAAGGAGGUGAUCCAGACAAUAUUGAAAUAAGUGUUUCAGCUGACACACCCACCAAGAAACCAACUAAAGGCAAAGGUAAAAAGCAAGAAGCUGAUGAAUUGACUGGUGAUGCUUCAGUAGAAGAGGACUCCUUUGUCAAGGUAAUAAAAGAAAGUGAAUUGGAGACACAAGAUGCAAGUGAUCAAGAUGGAAAUGAUGAAUUGAAAGACUUCAAAGAAUCUGUUGAAGAUGAGAACUUGAAUUCUAAAGAACUACCACGUGCAGAAAGGAAAAGAUACCUGGAGCCAGUAGAGACAACAGAAGAUGUGGAGAAGGAUUCUGAAAGUCAGGAAAAUGAAGGUCCAGACAUAGAAGAUUACACUUUUCCAACUGGCCGUGACGGGGAAGAUGAAGAAAAUGAGAAAGAUAAAGCAGGUUCUGGUGAUGGUACACAAGAAGUAUCUAAACCUCUUCCUUCAGAAGAAAGCCUAGCUGAGGCUGAUCACACGGCUCAUGAAGAGAUGGAAGCUAACACCUCUGUGAAAGAAGCUGAGGAUGAUAACAUAUCGGUUACAAUCCAGGCCGAAGAUGCCAUCACUCUGGAUUUUGAUGGUGAUGACCUCCUAGAAACAGGUAAAAAUGUGAAAAUUACAGAUUCUGAAGCAAGUAAGCCAAAGGAUGUGCAGGAUACCAUUUCACAGAGCCUGGAGAAGGAAAGCAAGGACUAUGACAUGACUGAGAACCAUAAAGAUGGUAAGAAGGAAGACUGCGUGAAGGGUGAUCCUGUCAAGAAGGAAGCCAGAGAAGGUUCAAAGAAAGCAGAAUCUGGAGACAAAGAAAAGGAUACUUUGAAGAAAGGUCCCUCGUCUACUGGGGCCUCUGGUCAAGCAAAGAGCUCUACUAAGGAAUCUAAAGAAAGCAAGACAACAUCAAAGGAUGAUAAAGGAAGCACGAGCAGUGUUAGUGGUAGCAGUGGAAGCUCAACUAGAAACCUGUGGGUUAGCGGACUGUCUUCCAACACAAAAGCUGCUGACUUGAAAAAUCUCUUUGGCAAAUAUGGAAAGGUACUUGGUGCAAAGGUGGUCACAAAUGCACGAAGCCCGGGGGCAAAGUGCUACGGCAUAGUGACCAUGUCCUCCAGUACGGAAGUGGCCCGGUGCAUCGCACACCUGCACCGCACAGAGCUGCACGGACAGCAGAUCUCUGUGGAGAAAGUGAAAGGUGAUCCCUCCAAAAAAGAAUUGAAGAAGGAAAGUGAUGAGAAAUCUAGUUCGGGUAGGAGCAUAGGAGAUAAGAAGACGGCAUCAAGUGAUAAAGCCAGCAAAACUUUGUCAACCAAAAAAGAAGAAAAGAAAUCAGAGAAAUCUGAAAAAAAAGAAAGUAAAGAAGCCAAGAAAACAGAAGGUAAAGAUGAGAAGAGUGAUAAUGGAACAAGUGGCCCUAAUCAAGAAUCCACUAAAAAAACUGAAGAAAAGAAAAGAAUAAGUGGUAAAAGCCCAGGUCAAGUUGUAGUUUUAGACCAAACAAAAGGAGACCAAGGCCACACUAGGACAGUUAGAAGGGGAAGGUUUGAUAAACCACAGAUAUUGAGGAACAAAGAGCGUAUUAUUCAAGAUAAAGUGAAAUUCAGGGAAUACAGGGGUAGAAAGGAUAUCUUGCCUUUUGAAAAGAUGAAGGAACAGAGAUUGCGAGAACACAUGGUUCGAUUGGAAAGAAUACGACGAGCUGUUGAACUGCGAAGGCGAAGAGAAAUUGCCGAGCGAGAGCGGCGCGAGCGAGAGCGGAUACGGAUAAUGCACGAGCGAGAAGAGUGCCUGCAGAGGGAAAGGGAGCGGCUCGAAAUUGAGAGGCAGAAGCUGGAGAGGGAGAGGAUGGAACGGGAGCGUUUGGAGAGGGAGCGUGUCCGGAUUGAACAGGAACGUCGGAAAGAAGCAGAGCGAAUUGCGCGGGAGAGGGAGGAACUUCGGCGGCAGCAGCAGCAGCUCCGAUAUGAACAGGAAAAGAGGAAUUCUUUGAAACGUCCACGAGAUGUAGAUCACAGGAGAGAUGAUCCUUACUGGAAUGAGAGUAAGAAGAUGGCUCUUGAUACAGAUGCACGUUUUGGCCAUGGCUCAGAUUACAGCCGCCAGCAGAACAGGUUCAAUGACUUUGAUCACAGAGAACGAGGCCGAUAUCCAGAGGGUUCUUCUGUUCCAUCAUCUUCUUUUGAUAGGCGAGAUCGUUUUGUAAAUCAAGGGGAGGCAAAAAAGACUCGGCCAACAGCACGAAGAGAAGAGCCAGGGUUUGAGAGGUAUCCCAAGAGCUUCAGUGAGUCCAGAAGAAAUGAACCACCACAGGCAAGAGGUGAACUGCGGGACACGGACAGGCGCGAAGUGCGGGGAGACCGGGAUGAGAGGAGAACAGUGAUCAUUCACGACAGGCCAGAAAUCCCCCAUGGCCGGCACCCCAGAGAAACUGGCUCCAACCCACCCAGGCAAACAAACUGGAAGAGCGAGGGAAGCAUGAGCACAGACAAACGGGAUGGCAGCAAUUUUCACAGAGGCGAGCGGCCAGAGCGGUCGGGAAGGGAAGUGUCCGGCCACGUGAGGGGAGCGCCUCCCGGGAGCCGCAGCAGCGCCUCCGGCUACGGGGGCAGGGACGGAGAGCGGGGCGUGAUGGGAGAGAGAGGUGGAGGACAACACUACAAUGAGGACAGACAUGUCGUAGAACGGCACAGUCGUGAAACUGGACCAAGGAAAGAAUGGCAUGGACCUAGUUCUCAAGGAAGUGGCUAUCAUGACACAAGGAGAAUGGGAGAUGGUCGUGGAGGAGGGGGCAUGAUGGCUCCACAUACAAGUAACUCUUCACCCAUUAACAGAGUUGUACAGAUCACAGGCAAUUCCAUGCCAAGGGGAAGUGGCUCAGGAUUUAAGCCAUUUAAAGGUGGACCUCCACGAAGAUUCUAAGAUCUACAGCUGUUUGGUUUCAAGAUAACUUAUUGAAAUCUCUUGUAAACUUUCUCUGAUUAAGAACAGGAAAUCUUGUCUGGAAAUCCUGGUUAAAUUUUUUUUAAUUUAACAUGAUUAUUUUCCUCUCAAUUUUGGAGGCAUUUUAAUAGUUACGUUGUAAUUUUGAAUAGUUUUUGUGUAUCUUUGAUAAGCAUUUUCCCUGAGGCACUAGAGCUGUGUAAAAAGAAAUUGGAACCAAAAUAUUUGUUAAUUCUGUAUAAAAGAAUAGUUUACAGCUGUGUGCUAGUAGUUUGAUUUGCCAACAUUAGCUCUGUGGUGUCAUGCUUUAAAGUUAGCUACUUCUCACAACAUCCACAAUAACCUCCAUUUUGAAGGUUGUCCAGGCUAUUAUCUCUGCUUUCUAAUUUGUAGAGAAAUAAGAUUUGUUCUUUCAUUACUGGGUAUUAUGUAACCUAUUUUUGCAGAAGGUACUGUUACAUUUGAGUGCAUUUAUGUGUAUUCUUGCAAAUGUAUUCUUUUGAAAUAAACCUUCAUAUUCUGUA